UGGGAAAUGUCACGAAGCUCAUACUGCGGAGUACAAACUAUGCAAAUCACAGCUACCCAUGGUGAUAACUGCCAAACUAUUCGCUACUGUAGUGUAGUUUGUUGAAAUUCAUUGGUAACCAUUUGUUACUACGGUAGCUCGCUACUGUAGGACACAAUGGUGGUUAGUUAUUCUUUUACAACACAAGAGCAAAGUACUUCAGUUCUCUUAAAUUUUUUGAGUGGCAAGGAAGACAGUGCAUACCCCGGAUCUAAUGGAAGAAAUUGAAGAUUCCCCAACUUGCAGUAUGAAGAUACAAGCUACGAAAAGAAAGGGACCUUCUUUUGUAUCGAUGGUGAAAAACUUCAUAUUGGAAGCAGACGGAAAAUUCAAAUGCAAAAUUGAAGAAUUUGGAAGAUGUGCGUAUUCCCAGGAGAACUACGACGCUGGAAAUUUCGUUCGGCAUUUUCGGAACAUGCACCACGACGUCGCUCAAAGAUUGGGAUUUUCCGGAGGAACUCCAGCCAAGAAAAAAAGAACGUCUGAGAAGCUAACCAUUUUCUUCGAUCGGCAAAAAUUUUACGAAGCGUGCGUGAAGCUAGUUACAAAACACAAUUUGCCUUUAUGUUGUUUUGAAUGGGAAGCUCUCCGACUUAUUCUGGAUCCACUGGCUGAAGCUCUUAAUACAACGAUAAAUCGAAAGAAUAUGAAAAAUCAUCUCCAACGGAUUUCUGGCUCAAUUAUUGAAGGAAUCAAGCAAGAAAUAUCCGAAAGACUGAUAUCGAUCAAGAUCGACUCGGCUUCAAGAUUUGGAAGACAUAUCCUGUGCAUCAAUGCCCAAUAUGAACUCAAUCACGAAGUGAUGACGCGCACACUAUGUAUGAUUGAAGUAAAAGAAAGUCAGACAGCUAAGUUCUUGAAAAUCCAAAUUCUGGAAGUUCUGAAGCGAUUCAACAUAUCGCUUGAUCAGAUAUUCUCGAUCACUUCGGAUAACGGGGCCAAUAUGAUAGCAGCAGCAAAGAAGUUGCAGCAACAAUUUUCAACCGCAGUUGCUUCGGACGACUGGGCAAAUGAAGAAGACGUGAUUGAUAACACGGAAGAAAUAAUGGACUCCUUGAGUGUGGAGUUAAGUGAUCAUUUCAACAUUGUUCGUUGUGCAUCUCACACUCUUCAGCUUGCACUGAAUGACGUUGUGUCAAAUUCAGAUGCAAAUAUCAAAAUUGUGACGGAGUUCUCAAAAAGCGUCAAAAAGAUCAAAUUCAAGGCGUUUUUUGAAUACCACAAGCUCUCGUACCCACCUCUGUGGGCGCCUACAAGAUGGUGCGGAAAAUACAAGAUGAUUCGAUCUAUCAUUAAUCAAGAAUCGUUAUUCACCAUGCUUGGAGAACAGUAUCCGGAGAUAGGUAUGUUAAUUUUUAUUGUAAAGAUUGUAUUAUUACUAAUUUAACCUUAUAAAAUCUAGAACUCGAUGAAGAAACUUGGCAGUUUAUGAAAGAAUAUGAAGAAGCGUUCCGUCCAAUGUAUAUCACGACGAAACUACUACAAGCUGAACAUCAAGCUUUUUCGGAUUUCUAUAUGAAUUGGAUUUUGGCGAUUAGAAAUCUGCAAAGUUUGAAAAACAACCGAUUUGCUGCCCCGCUGAUUCAAUCCCUCAGAAGUCGCUUGAAAAUGCUCACGCAGAACAUGGCUUUCAAAGCAGCUCUGUUUUUAGAUCCCCGCUUCAAUUAUUUGAACUCUACGGUGUUAUCCCCAGCAGAAAAGGAAGAAGUUCAGGUUUGUCUUGGUUUAUUUUUGAUUUUCGUUCAUUACUAUAAUAAUUAUAUUAUUUCAAUUAGAUUUUAGAAAUAUCUCAUCAAAACCUGGAGAAGGAUUCAACUGACAAAACGUGUAAAUCCUAUGCCUAACGGUGCUGGUGAAUCAAUUUCAACCAACAAUGAGGAGAGCUUGGGAGAUGAAAUUGCAGACUUCCUUACUGAAAUGUUCGGUGGCACCUUACAAACUCAAGGCGCAACGGCUGAUCCUGAAGCGCAAUUGACCGAACAACUCAAACUACUUGAAAUUGGAGAACGGAUGCCACAUGACCAUAAUGUUUGGGAUCACUGGAUUGCGCGCAAAGCAACACAUCCACAAUUAUCUGCGGUUGUAUUGGUUGUUUUGGCUACUGCAUCAUCUCAAGUGUCCGUCGAAAGAGCGUUCAGUGGAUUGGCUUCAAUUUUGUCAGACCUGAGGACUGGUUUGUCGGAGGAUACGCUGGAACACAUUUUGCUGAUUAAAUUGAACGAAAGCUUGCUCGACAGGAUCCUUCCGUCACUUACGCAGCAUGAACUACAGCCAAACACCUGAAGAUCGCCAUCUGGUGUAAUUUAAUGAAUUUAUUACUUUUAUUCGUUUGUCAUUUGUUAAUGUUUUUCUUUACUUAUAUAAAUAUAAAAAUGUAUGGAUAUACCUAAAACAAAACAUUUUUUUCUAAUAACGAAAAUUACUCAAAAAGAAAUAGAAAUUGAAAGAAAACAGAAUUGAAGUCCUAAUGCUAAUGCAGUACGCUAGUAUGACAAACAAAUUUCAAUGAAAUUCAUUUGGGACUCCCGCGGUGUAGCUGCUACUGUAGUUAUUUUUUCGAUCGCCUACUGUAUUGAUUCAAACACAUUUCUGCCGGAUAUGCAUAGACACCGAUUCAAUCACCAAAUUCAAGCAAACUACUGUUACCAUUCCCAGC